GUAAAGUGAAAGUGUCAAACAGCGUUAGCCCUUGUGCCACCUUCUCAACCAUUAACACGACUUUCACCAAACUUUAGAGCAAUGCCUCCAACCACACCAAAGUCCCGGACGAGAAGGGGGCGCGCUUCCGCAUCUCCAGCGCCUGUCCCGGCGCCAAGUCCUGCCACAGGGGAUGUUGUCCCGGGGCGUCUCACCAAAUCCCAGUGGCUCACAAUGGUGACGGGGGAGGAGGGAGAGGAAGCCGUAGCGGAGACUUUGGAUGAACUGAUGAGCUGCGUGAUGGAGAAGUGCUACAGUGUAUAUUUGUACAGACAGCUCAUUCCAUUCACGGUGUCCAGAGCACGAGACACCCUGGUGCGGGUGCUGGAGUGGCAGUUCCUGAUGCAAGACCGAGGCGAGGGACAGGAUGGCGCCCCCUUGUGGGCGGAGGACGCAGAGCCCCAGGCGGGUGUGACCGAUUCCUGGGCGGAGGGCUCGGUUCCGGUAUACUCCAGCUCACCUGCACCACCAACCUCCACCGCACAGGAAGGUCCACAUGUACCAAAGCCACUGCAGAGGAUAACAGCGCCCCCUGUUGGUAAGGCAGGAACUCCACAAACUGAAGACAACAUCCAGACAUUGAGCAUGGCCACCGCUGUGCACAGUGAUCCUGAUAAAGAACAGAGGGGGAGGGCAGAAGAACCAGGUGCCGGGGACAGCAGACCCACAGAUCCGUCACCACCCGCCCCCCCGAGGAGGAGGCAAGGGAGGGGGAAGCGGCAGCCCCCACUUGAAGCCACGCUGCCCCCACCCGAAGCAGCGCUGCCCCCACCCGAAGCUGGGCUGCCCACCCUCAGGACACCCCGCUCUCCCCUCCUGGGGGGGUCCCUCGGCUGCACCCCUCGCCCGGACGAGCGGGACCCGACCGCCGGCGUCUGGAAAGGCGCGCCCCUGCCCCGACCCCCGGGCGCCCCGGCAACACAGAGGCUGAACCCCGCCCGCCUUCCGCGCCGAUACCUCUGCCCCGGGUUCGAGGUGCUGAAGCCCAGCCCCGUGCCAUUGCCCUCCAGGAAGAAAGGGGGCCACGAUGCCCAGGCUCCGAUGCCCUACGAGGGGCUUUCCAAGUGGGGUGCCCCAGGCGGAGCGGUUUGCGUGUUCUCCACCAGAAACAUCCAAGAUGGCGGGCUGCCCCAAGGCUUCACCCCCCUCUCCGCCAGCCUGCUGCUGGACGCCAUGAAGCUGUCCCCAGGGGUCUCCAUCCGGGGCCCCGCCAAACCCCCGCGGGAACGCCCCUCCCAGCCCGAACGGAGAGCGGAUCUGGUGCCCGUCAGAGGUACCCUCCCCGUCCCCCCGCUGAGGCGGGACCUGCCCAUUUUGGGACCGCCCCUACAGGCCGUCCCCUUCCUCUCGGCUGGAGGAGUGGCGGGGCCCGUGUGAGGAUCACGACUGAUGAUUCGCCGUGCCUCGCUUAAAACGAGACUCGUGCGUUGCUGUGGAAACGGCAAUAGGAAAAACCAGCAUUUCACCACUACGGAUUUCCUUACUGCUAAAUGAUGAUUCCAUUGAGUUGUUUUAGCUCAGCUUGGUGAUAUGUCAACAAUUAUUUUCCCCACAUGAAAUGAAAUGUACUAAUGUAACCCACCGGCUUUAUUUUUCUGUCAGUACUUCAAUGGGAGAAGCUAACAUGCUAACCGAACGUUGUUGAAUGGUAGAGCAACUGAUCUGUACAAAUUAAAUAUUCCAGCAACUGCAACGAGUGACUACUCCAGCUCGGGUGGUCCAAUCAUGGAUUGCUUGUACCAUUUCAGAAAUAUCAUUUACAAUAUCAAGUAA